UCUCGUGACUCUUCACCUGGACUCUGAGUCGUCUUGGUCCCAGGAGCCAGUAGUGAACGCAACAGUCUGCCCACCCGUGGACACCAGCUCCACCAUUUUGCUGGAUAUGAAGCGUGUUUCUUGACCUCUCGGAAUCUCACUAUCUUUAUCUGUAAAAUGGACUGACAACUCAAAAUAAAUAAAUAAGGCCAGGCACAGCAGCUCACACCUGUAAUCUUAGCACUUUGGGAGGCCGAGGAAGGAGGAGCACUUGAGCCCAGGAGUUCAAGACCAGCCUGGGCAACAAAGUCCUGGGAGCUUCUGGUUGGCAAGUGAGAUCUCUGGGAUGUCAGUGAGGCUGGUUGAAAACCAGAGGUAAACCGCAGAGGUCACCAUCCCCACCAUGUCCCAGGUGAUGUCCAGCCCACUGCUGGCAGGAGGCCAUGCUGUCAGCUUGGCACCUUGUGACGAGCCCAGGAGGACCCUGCACCCAGCACCCAGUCCCAGCCUGCCGCUCCAGUGUUCUUACUACACCACAGAAGGCUGGGGAGCCCAGGCCCUGAUGGCCCCCGUGCCCUGCAUGGGGCCCCCUGACCGACUCCAGCAAGCCCCACAGGCCGAGGCCAAAACCACCUGCUUCCUGCCGUCCCCUGGCAAGCAGGCCUUGGGAACCCCGGAAGACCUUGACUCCUACAUUGACUUCUCACUGGAGAGCCUCAAUCAGAUGAUCCUGGAACUGGACCCCACCUUCCAGCUGCUUCCCCAAGGGACUGGGGGCCCCCGGGCUGAGCCGGCCCAGAGCACCAUGUCAGUGAGAAAGAAGGAGGAACCUGAAGCCUUGGACAUAAAGUACAUCGAGGUGACCUCCGCCAGAUCAAGGUGCCAUGAUGGCCCCCAACGCUGCUCCAGCCCCUCUGUCACCCCACCCUUCGGCUCCCCUCGCAGUGGUGGCCUCCUCCUUUCCAGAGACGUCCCCCGAGAGACACGAAGCAGCAGUGAGAGUCUCAUCUUCUCUGGGAACCAGGGCAGGGGGCACCAGCGCCCUCUGCCCCCCUCAGAGGGUCUCUCCCCUCAACCCCCAAAUUCCCCCAGUAUCUCAAUCCCUUGCAUGGGGAGCAAAGCCUUGAGCCCCCAUGGCUUGGGCUCCCCACUGGUGGCUUCUCCAAGACUGGAGAAGCGGCUGGGAGGCCUGGCCCCACAGCGGGCCAGCAGGAUCUCCGUGCUAUCAGCCAGCCCAGCGUCUGAUGUCAGCUACAUGUUUGGAAGCAGCCAGUCCCUCCUGCACUCCAGCAACUCCAGUCAUCAAUCAUCUUCCAGAUCCUUGGAAAGUCCAGCCAGCUCUUCCUCCAGCCUCCACAGCCUUGGCUCAGUGUCCCUGUGUACGAGACCCAGUGACUUCCAGGCUCCCAGAAACCCCACCCUAACCAUGGGCCAACCCAGAGCACCCCACUGUCCACCACUGGCCAAAGAACAUGCCAGCAGCUGCCCCCCAUCCAUCACCAACUCCAUGGUGGACAUACCCAUUGUGCUGAUCAACGGCUGCCCAGAACCAGGGUCUUCUCCACCCCAGCGGAGCCCAGGACACCAGAGCUCUGUUCGACCUGGAGCUGCUUCUCCCAGCAACCAGGUCUGUCCAGGCACCAGGAGCCACAGCCAGACCCUGUCAGAUGCCCCCUUCACCACAUGCCCAGAGGGUCCCACCAGGGACAUGCAGCCCACCAUGAAGUUCGUGAUGGACACAUCUAAAUACUGGUUUAAGCCAAACAUCACCCGAGAGCAAGCAAUCGAGCUGCUGAGGAAGGAGGAGCCAGGGGCUUUUGUCAUAAGGGACAGCUCUUCAUACCGAGGCUCCUUCGGCCUGGCCCUGAAGGUCCAGGAGGUUCCCCCAUCUGCCCAGAAUCGACCAGGCGAGGACAGCAAUGACCUUAUUCGACACUUCCUCAUCGAGUCUUCUGCCAAAGGAGUGCAUCUCAAAGGAGCCGAUGAGGAGCCCUACUUUGGGAGCCUCUCUGCCUUCGUGUGCCAGCAUUCCAUCAUGGCCCUGGCCCUGCCCUGCAAACUCACCAUCCCGCAGAGAGAACUGGGAGGUGCAGAUGGGGCCUCGGACUCUACAGACAGCCCAGCCUCCUGCCAGAGGAAAUCUGCAGGCUGCCACACCCUGUACCUGAGCUCAGUGAGCGUGGAGACCCUGACCGGAGCCCUGGCCGUGCAGAAGGCCAUCUCCACCACCUUUGAGAGGGACGUCCUCCCCACACCCACCGUGGUCCACUUCAAAGUCACAGAGCAGGGCAUCACCCUGACGGAUGUCCAGAGGAAGGUGUUUUUCCGGCGCCAUUACCCCCUCACUACCCUCCGCUUCUGUGGUAUGGACCCUGAGCAACGGAAGUGGCAGAAGUACUGCAAGCCCUCCUGGAUCUUUGGGUUUGUGGCCAAGAGCCAGACAGAGCCUCAGGAGAACGUGUGCCACCUAUUUGCGGAGUAUGACACAGUCCAGCCAGCCUCGCAGGUCAUCAGCCUGGUGACUGCUCUGCUGCAGGAUGCAGAAAGGAUGUAGGGGAGAGACUGCCUGUGCACCUUCCCAACACCUCCAGGGACUCACCAAGGAGCCCCCCUCCACCCCCUGAAUGGGUGUGGCUUGUGGCCAUAUUGACAGACCAAUCUGUGGGACUAGGGGGAUUGGUAUAAAGUUGACACCCUUGAACCUGCUAUGGCCUUCAGCAGUCACCAUCAUCCAGACCCCCCAGGCCUCAGUUUCCUCAACCACAGAAGGAGACCAAUAGACAAGAUCAGCUGUUCUCAGAUGCUGGUGGGCAUUUGAACACCCUCCUGCAUGAUUCUGGAGCAUGCCCACAUCUGAAGACCCCUGCAUGAAAAUAACCUCCAAGAACCCUCUGACCCCAUCGACCUGGGCUCUGCCAACACAAUAGUCUGAGCGAGAGACCUGCAGCCCCUGUUUCAGGUGCCUGGCGUUGACCCACGGGGUAUCUGGCUUGCAGCCAGUGAUGUUCAAGGAUUGACUACAAAACGGGAAUGGAUAGACUCUAUUUCCUUC